CUCUGUCAAAAUGGCUGCGAUUGGUAAAAGAGACCUUCUUAGCCACUAUAACACAUCGUUAAAAGGAUGCCAAAAGCCAUUUAUAUGUUGCUAUGCGCUUAGUGCAUGAUAUAUUUAUUAAUUAUUUAAAUGAUUUUUGCGAUCCUGCAUUUAAAAUUUAAAGAAUAGUGAACUACUGGAGAUAAUGUUUGAUAACAACGACCGAUCUGUUUUUAGUUUUAGUACCCUAAGCCUAAGUCCAACUCCAACUAACACUCCCACUUCUAACAGUGCUAACGUCAUUAAAAGUAUAAAUACAAUGGCAUACAUGAAUCGAAAUCAAAAUGAAUUGCAACAGAAUACAGAGACUCAGGCUACUAUACCCCUAGUUGGUGGACGUAAGUAUUUAAGUCAGUAUUGGAAUUAAUGGCAAUCCUCUGAAUAGAUACUUUUGUCAAAAAUGUAAACAUUUUUUAAAAAUAAACCAAUGGCACAGUUGAAUAGAGCUAAUUUUAAACAGAAUUAUAACACCAAAAUCAUAUUUUUAGCUGUUGUAGUUUUAAAGUUAUGAAUUUUUAAAGUACGACUUGGUUUGUCAUUUUUUAACAUGGACUUCAUCUCCACAUUCUGUGACCUCAUUCCACUGAUCGAGUCAUGCGCAAUGACUAUAUAGUUUAUAUAAGGCAACGCAUUCCCUAUCACUAAAAUACUGUUUAGGGUCGACUUAUUUUAAACUUUCAACUUUGGCACAUGAAUAAUUAAUAAAAGCUUUCCCUGACCAAUGGUUUAAUAGCUUUUGCACACGGCAAACUCUUAUGAAUGAAACUCUGAGAUAGUACUACGACGUAGCCGUUAUGCAAGUGGCUGUGAAUGGUUGCCAAUGACAACGUGUUGCACAGGGAAAAUUCUGAUCAUUUAUAAUAUGGACUCUGCAGGGUUUUUAAAGCUCAAAUUAAAACAUUUCCAGUUUAAAUGUCUUCAAAAUGCAUUCUGAAACACAAAAUAUAAAAUAUUUUGAUGUAUAUAGUGGUAAUAAUUAAAUAUUUCCUAAGUAUCGGCAACUUCCGCCAUUAAAAAGGGGGCGUGGCCCACGCCAUGUCGAAAUUAGGCUGAGCCACCUUAUGGUGAUAUGGGUCACUGUGACAAGUGUAACAAACGUGAGACACGACCUACAUCAAUGAAACUUGGCACAGAUAUAGAUCAAUAUCUAAUGCUCAUACAGAUUUAAUCAAAAAGGACCUUAUCUUAUUAUUUCACAAAAAAUUUUGUAUGCGAAGAUGCCUUAUAUAUACCAAAGAUUUUCAAAAUAAAGGUCGAUUGAAAAAAGCAAAAUAGCUGGCUAGAAAUGUAGGCCAAGAUGUCUUCCAAAUUAUAAGGCCGGAAACGGAACUCAAAUAUAUGUGGAAAGAACUAAUUUAAUAAUAAAUAGACACACACAUCGGAAAAUUAAAAACUCGGAUUUUUCGGCGCCGACAGCCAUUUCCGAUACAAAAAAAAUAGUAGUCUCCCUUGUUUCAUCGAAGUAUCUACUCUGAAGUCCGGUCCCAAAUUAUUUCCAAUGAUUACUCCUUACUUAAAAGUCUUGCGCAUCCUUCUGUUUUGAAAUUCAUUUUUGCGGCAGUGGACGAUGUUGGAUGGAGGUUGUCGGCCGUCGAGAUGCACAAACACUCGAGUGCAUAUCACUAAUCAUGUGUAGUGUUGCCAGGGACAACUACCGUCACGGACGAUGGGCGAGGAUAUCAAAAUGUCGGUCAGCUCAACAACGGGAUUUAUGCUCACGCUGUCAUUGUGCACGCGCAUGAAUUCGUUGAUCCAGUAGACCAGGACAUUCACACAGAAACUAUUGAAGGACUUUGGAUGCAAGCGAAACGUAAACUCCGCUAUCAGAGUGGUACUAGUCGCUGUCAGAGUGGUACUAGCCGCGGUCUGUUUGCCAGCUACUUGGAGCCUUCAGUGGCGCAACAGUCACAAACAGAACGUUUUCGGCUGCUAUUUGCAAAUGUCAUGCGCCAAUUACAAAUACAAUAUUUAGUGUUUACUGACUGGUUUGUAAAGUGACAGUUAUUUGCAAAAGCUAUGACUGACAUUUCUACUGUUUUCUAACAAUAGACACUGUGCAUUGCAAUUUUUUUCAUACGCAAUAAUUUGGGACCGGACUUCGGAGGAUUGCCGAAUUAAUUGUAUUAAAUUAAUUAAUUAAAGAAAUCGCCCAAAACAUUUUAAACAAAAAAAAAUUUGAGUUAUAGAUUUUAGGAAAGCUUUUGGAAUGGCAAAACUUUUGUGCCAAUCAGCUCAUCAAAGUAAAUUUUAAUUUGGCUGGCCACAUAAUAAUUUUCUAAGAAUAUAAUAUAGAGGGUCAGACAAGGCUAGGACGGGCGAAGUGAUCAGAAGGCUUAUAUACAGAAAAUAUAACCAAAUAUUUACACAUAUUUUAAACUGUUACAGAUCAAAACAAGAUUCAGCCCCCAAACUCAAAAAAGUAUUAUGCAGAACUUGAAAUUCUGACUGCUCAGAUUAAAGAGAAGGAAGGAGAGAAAGAAAAACUUGUAUCUUUUUAAUAAUGUAGUGUGAUAGUUAUAAUAAUUCACUGAUUUUUUCCCCAGCUGGUAUUAUUUCAAUUAUAUCUAUUUAAAAGUUUUUUCACUUGCAGCCAAAAAUGAUAAGUUGUAAAAAGUUUAUUUUUGUUGUUGUUGCACUUAACUGAUUAGCUACCAGAUUGAAAAACCCGAUGUGGCCGAAUUAAAUCUAGGUCACAUUUUCUCAUUUUAGGUGUAUGUACAAAUUCAGCUGCAAUUUCUUAAUUAUAAGAUAAGAUUCUUUUAUUGUUCCAAACAAAUGGAAAUGUUUUAUGAUUGCAUUGUACAUUUUAGCACAUAUAUAAAACAAUAUGAACACAAGACAUUUGUAAUAAAUUUUUUCACUAGCAGCCAUUCACUGAGUUCACUUAGCCAUAUCAGGGACUUAUUAGUUCUCAUUAAAAUUUUUGACUUCAGAGGGAGCACGAUGGUAAAUUCUUACAGAUUGGGGAACAAAAGAAUUUUUAUAUCUUUCAGUCCUCGUCCUGACGGAAAGAAUUCAUCCCGUACGGGCCGAUCCUAAGUAUCUGUCAUUAAGAAGGUGUUCUUCGCAAACGCAAAUUCGACCAUGCUAAAACACUUCUGACGGAGCUGCAUUGGCUGCCAGUCCGCGCUCGCAUAGAAUACAAAAUUGCAACUUUGUGCUACCACUGCUUACAUGACCUGACGCCAUCUUAUCUCAAAGCACUCAUGACGCCUUAUGUACCCACUAGACAGCUCUGCUCAUCCGAUAGUGGCAAAAUAUCGAUACUGUGUGUUAGCCUUGAGACUUACGGAAAGCGCACUUUUGCAUUUGCCGGCCCAACAAUUUGGAGCGCACUUCCAGUCGCUCUCAGAAACAGCCAGACACUGGAGUCCUUUAAAACCAAUUUAAAAACACAUCUAUUUUGCAAACACCUCCUGGGGUGAUGCUAUCUACCAUCUUUUUCAGUUAAUGUAUAUUGGCUUGUGUUGCUUAUGGUUGAAACGGGAUGAAAGACUUUGACUGGGUAUGCUCGUAUGUAGCUUUAUAUUGUUGCGUCUGUUUUUAAAUGUGGUAAAUUUUAGAUUGUUUUUUAUUUCUCUUUUUAGUAUGGUUGACUUUGUACCGUGCUUCGAGCUUUUGGGGAUGAAGCGUGUUUUUCAAAUAAACUAUAUUAUUAUUAUAUAUCAUCCAAGAUGUGUUUAGUUUUACAAUAACAUCUUUCUUCAAAUAGUUCUUCCAGUGAAGGAUGUUUAGUUUGUGUCAUGUUCCUAGCUUUCUUGAUUUGUCGGUUUAUGCUGUGUUUAAUAUCAGAAGUUGAAUUCCCACACCAGCAGGUAAUAGUGAAAUUAAGUAGGCUUCCAAUUGUUGCACUGUAGAAUAAGUUAACCACUUGUUUAUUCUAUGCCGAAAUUGUACAGUUUUUUGAGGUAGACCGGUCUUUGGUUGAAUUUCUUAUACAGCAUUUGGCGCCGUGCUCAUGCCAUGUUAGCUUAUUAUUAAUGGUGACACCUAAGUACUUAUAUGCCUCUACUUUCUCUACAUUUUGAUUUUUUAUGUUGAGAUCUGUAAUCUGGUGUUCCGCCCUCCUGAAAUCAACAACCAUUUCCUUUGUUUUUGAGACAUUCAGCUGGAGAAAAUUUUCAUCGCACCAAUUAAUAAAGCUUGUAACUAAGUUGCGGUUUAAGCCUUCUCCUUCAGAUAUUAAGCCAACGAUGGUGGUAUCAUCAGCAAAUUUUAAGAUUGGAACGGCGUUGCUUGAGGUUUGAAUAUCAUUGGUAUAUAUGGUAUACAGUACAGGGGAGAGAGCGCAGCCUUGACAUAUUGUGGUCGAUUUGUUAAAAAGUUCAGUAUCCAAGCUUGAAUAUUUAAAUUUAUACCUAACGAGGAAAGUUUCUUUAUCAUAAGGUGUGGUUGGAUAGUGUUAAAUGCUGAUGAGACGUCUAAGAAUAGCACUCUUGGCAUAUUUUUUUUUGGACUGUCUAGGUUAUGAGACGUCUAAGAAUAGCACUCUUGGCAUAUUUUUUUUGGACUGUCUAGGUUAUGGUAAAGUCUCUCCAACAAUAGUAAGAUAGCAUCCUCCUUACUUCCGGAAGGUUUGUAAACAAAUUGGUGGUGGUCAAGUUUUUGCUGUCCUUAAUUCAAAAUUUGACUCAGAAUAAGUUUCUCAAAACAUUUCAUGACAAUAGAGGUAAGUGCAGCAGUAAGUCGUUGUUGCAAGUUACCUUAUUUUUCUUUGGAAUUGGUAUGAUUUCUGAAGUUUUCCAAAUUGUUUGUAUUGUGUGAGUUACAUAAGAUUUAUUAAAUAUGUAACAAAAAAUGUAGGAAAGCUGCUCUGAGCAUAGCUUAACGAGCUGACCACUUACUUUGUCUGGCCCCGAGGCCUUGGCUGUGCCCACUUGUUUAAAUAAUGACAUCACUUCCUGUUUGGUGAACAAUAAAGUAUCAUUCUGUAUUCUGCUGCCAUCUUUAAAUGAAUUCAUCAUCUCAUUGUGUACACUUCCAAAGUCCAAACAGUCAAAACAACAAUAAAAGUCAUUUAAGUUGUUAACAAAAUUCUUCGCCUCCUAAACACACAAGCAUUUAAACAUAUUAUUAUAUCUGUGUUACCUGAACACCCACUGCCUGUGUUACCUGAACACCCAUUGUCUAUGCUACCCAAACACCCACUGUCAAUGCUACCCAAACACCCAGUUUGUGCUAUGCAGCACCCAGUGUCUAUGAUACUCCAACAAACACUACUAUCUAUGAUACCCCAACACUCAAUGUCUAUUAUACCCCAACACACAAUGUCUAUUAUACCCAAACACACACUGUCUAUACCCUAAAACAUGCCUUUAUGAUACCCCACCUCACACCAUCUAUAAUACCCCAACACACACUGUCUAUGAAACCCCAACACACACUGUCUUUGAUACCCCAACCCAAGCUGUUUGCCUACCCCAACACACACACACAAAUAAAUAACGAAGAAGAGGUUGGUCAUAGGCAGUGUUCCUCAAAAUUGAGUCAUGGAAGAUUUUCCAUAUUUUUAACACUUCUCAAUCCAAAACAGCUUGAAAAAAAUAAUGACCUCUUGUGAGGUUGUCUUAAAAAAAGUUUAUCAAACUCUGUGGGAGAGAUCAAAAAACGUUUGAAUUCCACUAAGCUAGAGGAGUCUGCUGGAAUUGCUAACAGUCAUUAUUAAAUGAAUAUUGCAAAGUUUAUUCUUUUAUGCUCCCAGUUUAAUAAGAAUUUCCCUCUUAUAAGUUUUUCUGUCAGAUACCUUUAUUAAUUAUAUCAGGGUGAUCAUCUAUUUCAUUAUUUAAAAAAAACCAUCUGAAAUCUUGCAUCCUUGACCUGAAAAAGAAAAAAAAUUAUCUGCCAAGUGUUACCAAUGAACUGAAGGCACUAAGAGCAGAGAAAAAUGCAACAAUUGAAAAGAGAGGGAGGAUUGAUGCUGAUUUGGAUAAACUUAACAAAGAUGUACCAGAGAAGGUAUUUUAACAAAUUUUGGUUUUCUCAACGAUGAAGUAAUAUCUAAAAUUGUUAACUUUUAGCAUGUUUUUUUUUUUCAUUUUAAUUUCUUUAUGCUCUUUGUUAAGACAACAAACCAUUUAUUUCAAUUGAUGCUCUUACAUUUUCUUUUUUACACUUAAGAUUCAGCGGCGGCUUUAACUAGUGUCCUUAAUCACUUCUUACUAUUUAUAUUGGCUUUUUGCUGCCAUUCUUAGAUGGUUACCAUUUUAGGCACAUUCUGGAUCAUUAUAGAGCUUCCCCUUUUAUUAUCAUUUUGAAAAUUUACAAUAUACAAAGCCAUAUUUGAAGGUUUCUUCUGAUAAAGGUUUUUCUUUGUUUCUACCUCAGAUGAGGCAAUUAAGUCAGUUGGAGUCAUCCUUGAUUUAUAAAAGUGAAGACAAGAUAAAUACUGCAAUACAGUAAGCCUAACUUAAUUUUUCUGUUUUUAUAUAACAUCAGCCAGUAACAUAAAAAUAAAAUUAUAUAACUUUGCAAUGUUAUAUAGCUUGUUUCACAACAAAAUAAACACUUUCAAUCUGUUAUUUUCAUCCCGAAAAGGAAAAGGAUGACAACCCUUGUUAACAAAUUGUGACUUAAGCUACACUAACAAAAUCAGAUUUUAGUUAGCUGAAUGGAGGCAAAGCUUUUAGAGCUCACUUGAAUACCAAAAAAUAAAUAUUUUCUUUAAAGAUCUAAUAAUAAAAAAAAAACAAAGAGCAAGAAUAAAAGUUGGCCUACUUAUUUUAGAUGUUACUAAACAGAAUUUAUCGCAUGAUAUGUCCCCAUAUUCUUCUCUUUUUUAAACUGAAAAUGUAAUUGCAUAUAUUUCGAUACCAGUCAAUAAGGGAUCCAUGAAAUUUUAAUAGAAUAAAAUGUUUUCCUUGAGAUUAAGGUGUGUAUCAAAUUUCAGCCCUGUAGCAUUCAUUGAACACAAGGUAUAAGCAGUUGAAUGAUCUUUCCUUUUUGUGCCCCUAAACAAUGGAAUUCUCUUCCACUAUACAUCCACAAUAUACCAACCAUCACAGCCUUCAAAACUGCACUCAAAACCCAUCUCUUUCAACUCUACUCUCCUGACUGAUCCUCCCCUCCCCUGACUGCUAAACGCUGCUGCUGGUUGCCGUCCAUGGCUUGACAUGUCAACAGUUCUGGAAUGGCUGGAGUUUUGUUUUGUUUGAUUUCAUUAAUGUAUUUUAAUUUUUAAGUUCAUCAUUGUAUUUUUUAAUUUAUAUUUACAUUGUGGUGAGAUACAGCGCUAUAUAAAACUACUAAUGAUAAUAAUAAUAAUAUACACACACAUACAUGUUACCAAAAAAAAAUUUAUAUAUAUAAAAAUAUAUUUGUUUUUUUUUUUCCUUCUUGCAGAAAGCUAGAGUGGAAUCUUCAAAGUCAACAUUUUAAAUUGCUUGAAGAAAGGAAGAUUGUUACUGAAAUAGAUCGGCUCAAAAGAUCUAAAAGAACAUUAGCGUAAGUUCGCAUAUAAAUGAAAUGAGGUCAGUGAUUUAAUAGAAAUUGGGGUGGGAGUAUCAAUUGAUGACAUACAGGAUAUGGACAAAGUUAUCAUCAGAUUGGCUCAAAACAUCUACAUUUUAUUUUAUGCACUUAGCAUACAAUACUUUAUAUCUGUGUCUCAGCUGUAAAGGUAAAAUUGAUAUACAUACUGGACUUUGAUAUUGCACACAUAGCUAAAUAUCAGAUUUGAUUUAUCAGGGGUUGAAUGAUAAAGCUUCAAAAAUUAAGCUUUUUAAUAUCAGUAUAUUGUAUUAUAAUAAGUGUAUACAUGGAUAUUAAAGGGAUUAGCAAAAAACUAUGAUGAAAGCAAGAUACUGAAUAUUUUAUAGUUGACUCAUCAGUGAGUGUAGCUCAUUAUUUAAAAAUAAAAACAAUAGGCUAUCAUACAUGCCAAUUCAAACAUGCACAGUUUACCCAUACUUCAUACGGGUCUUAAAUGUUUUUGAGUUGUCGGGCCACACAGGAUUGUGUACACUUUUUCACUGGAUUAAGAAAAGACAUAUUUUUGCAUAACACACGACUGAAAAUCUUAAAUGGCAGUGCAAUAAAUUGAUCAACAGGAAUCUGAAAUCCUAUUGGUCUGUUCAAAAUGAGCUUUGGUCCUAAGUCUUGAGAUUGGUAGGUUAUCUAAACUUAAAAGCUGGGCAAGGUUUUCUUGAAACCAUUUAUUAAUAGUGCUGCAGAAUUGUUUCCUAGUAACUAGUUUCAGUAGAAACCAUGAUUACAAAUCAGUUUGUGUAAGGCUUAUUAUAACGUCCAAUUAACACUUAAUAUCCACACAGCACCUAUGAUAAAAAAAAAAGUAAAAAUUAUCUACAGGGUGUUUCCCCUGGUACUGUUAAAAAUACUGCUCUAACUUGAUGGUAACUUAAUAAAUUUAUCACAACAGACAAAAUGUAUUUCCCUUCAUUAAUUUAGAACAGGCAAAGGGAGAACAUUUAUACAGUUUUUGGGGACUCUUGUUCAGUUUUUGAUACCAAUAGGUUAGCGUGUAUGACAAUAGGUGCCCACUAAAUUUUUUGCCUGUGCUUGGACUGAUUUAAAUUCUAGAGCAUGAAAAAAAAUGUAAUAUAUAAUAUUGAAACUAUAGUCUGACAGCCUAGAUUUUGAUUACUAGGCCUUCAGAAAAAUGGAAAUGUGAAAUAUACAACAUAGUUUGUUUUACUUAUUUGACACUUAUUGAAGAGAAAGGUUACAAAAUUGUCCCAGUGCCCUCUAAAAUACCAGUUUAUGAAUAUCCCAUUGUUAUCAUUCAUCAAAAGAAUUAUUGAAACACUUCUCAAAAUAGAAAUGAAUACAAAUGCAAUACAAAAUAAAAUAAAAUUUAAAAAAUUUUAUACCUAGGUAACUUAUAGGCACUUGAUCCACACGAGUUAGUUUCAACAGCUAAUGUUUCAACACAAAGUAGGUCAAGCAUAAAUUCGGGCAAUAAAAGAAAUGGUAUACAGAUGAACUGAAAAUGAAAUGAAUAGAAAAGUGUCAUGAGUGGAAAAAAAAUGAUCCUAUAUAACUAUAUGUUUUUUCCCCCAUCAGGCAAUACUUGACAUUAAAACAGGAAAUCUCAGGGAUCAGAGAUAAACAGAGGCGUAUGAGGGAAGAACGUGAUGUGAGUUGUUUCUUCUAUAAUAUAGGAUUAAACUUUCAACGGUCCGGUUUGAAUUUCCUCUUAAAGCAUGAGAUAGGACAUUUAAAUGGUGGGGGCUUAUAAAAAGCAAGAGAGCACUGGCUGUAGGCUUGCCCAUAGCCAUGAUUGGGGUUGAGGGCAAAGCAUCCAGCAACCACCGUCCAAGAAAGUUUGUGAUGAAAACAAGGGCUUAAUACAUGGAGCCCAAGCGCUGGGAAUUUAGUGGUAAUUAGCGGAUGAAUCUGAUGACGAUUGUUUGAAAAUGAUAAAAAUUAUAGUGGGCUUUACCAGCAAAGGUGUGAAAUUAACUCAAAUAAAAAGAGGGGGAAUUAAGUUCAAGUUUUAUUUUGAUACUUGUAGUUUCAAAGUUUAUUUUUAUAAAUCUUUAACUUUAAGAAUUUUUAUCAUCCCUAAACAUUACAAGGCGAAGUAUUUCUAGUUGCUUAUUAUUAUUAUAACUAGGGCUUAACCAAGUCAGCUUUUUUGACACCGGGUCUGGAUAUUUUGAGAAAAUCUCAGAUGGGUCCAAGUGUUACACAAAAAAAAAAAGGGUUAACUUCUCAAAGAAAUCUACCUCCUUAUCUGUAAGUGAGAGUGCAUUGCCUUCAUCAAACAUUUGUGUCAAGAAAUAAACCACUGAUGGCUGAUGGGAACAGAAAGUUGCCAGAUACCGGAAUAGAGAUAAUGUUGUACCUAUGAAGCUCGCUGCCUUUUUUUUCACUCAGUACUUAAUAACAAACCAGAAGCAAAAUAUAUAUAUAAGAGUUUGUUGAUUAAAUUUUUUGACAUUUCAUCAAAGAGCUAUUCUUUAAUUUUAAAGUAACCUAAUUUACCAUUGAAAAUAAUUUUUUUUGACAUAUAGAUUGAGUCAAUUAGGAUUUAUAUUUCCUGACGUCAAUAUCUGAAAGUCUUGUUACUGUAGAUUCUUUCAAUAAAUAUUGUCAUUAUCAUUUAUAGAAUGCCAUUUAUUUCAAAGCUUCCAAUAAUUUGAUUUCGGACUUGUUAUAAAUUUUCCCAUUAUGGCUUAUUUCAUUUAUGGCUUUUUAAAUUAAAAAUUAGUCUUAAACUUAGUGUUUAAUGAGCCUUAAUUAUUUACUUAAAAAGUAUAAAUUCUGUGUAUGAAGUUGACUGUUGAACAAAGAAAAAGACAAUAAAAAUGAUUUGUUGAAAAUCCUGAAUACAAGAUGUUUGCUUAUUAUCAUUUAAAAAAUACUGCAACUUAUUACCAUUUAUAAUUUCUAUUUGUUCUAUUUCUUUAGACAUAUUUUAAAGCAGUCAGCAGUAUAAAAGGAAUGGAAGAGAAACUUAAACUGAACUCAUCUGGUGCUAAAUACUCUGCAGCAACACUCAAGAAAGGUAUGGUCAUGAAGUUGUAGAAAUGUUAGUCUAAAUUUAUUUGGUGAGCUGUUGCUAUGAAAUGUCUCUGCAAUCUAUAACAAAGAUUUUGGUAACUGUCACUUCAAUAUGAAAUUAAGAUUUAGCAGAAUGGUCACUGCAAUGAGACAUAAAGAUUUUUGUAAACUGUAACUGAUGAAUAAGGCUGUAAAUUCAGCUUCAUUUUGUCCAACACUGAAUCGCUUGCUAGACAUAAACAAAGGUUUCAAACCAAUGGUACACUAUUGAACACAGGUAAAAAUCUUAGGUUGGAAUUAGAAAAAACCAUCUACAAGAUCAAGUGUGAGAAAAGACACAUUCAAAAUGUAAAAUGGAAAAAUUUGGCUGCGGUUUUAAGGAUUAUAGUUGUGUAAUGUCAAAUUUAAGGAACUUUUGUUGUAGUAGUGUAUUUUUAUUGUCUGCUGAGAGGAAGGCAUCUAGCUGAAACGUCUGUUCAAUUGUUAUCUUUUUUAAAAUCCUAAACACAUCCUCACACUAUUUAUUCGUUGUCACUGUUCUGUUUUUCCCAUCUAUCUAGAGAUUGAUGACUUGUAUGAACUUAAGAGGCAGCUGACAGGAAACUUCAGGAGGCAGAAGGAAGAGUACCAGGGUUCAAGGGACAAGAUGAGAAGAGAGAGCUGGAGGACCAGGGAUGAAAACAGGCGCUCAUUUGCUGCUGACAAGAAAAAAGAAGAGUAGUUUGUUUUAAUCUGGAUUCAUUUUACACUUUCAAUUUAAAUAGCUUAUAGAACUGGGGAAUUUUGUAGUGACGAGUCAAAUAUCAGAUCAUUCGAAGGUGUACAAUUUCAAGAUAGAAGGAUUUUGACAACAAAACCCUUUUUUUUUUAAAAAAAAACUCCUCUUACUUUUGAAGUGAGAGUUGUUUAUGAAAAGCUUUUUCAUAUCUGUCGGUUAAAAUUUAUAUAGAUUCCACUUUUUCUGGAGCAGGGUUUCACAAUGAGCAACCCCAGUCUUGUAAUGGGACAGACCUGUUUAGUCUUACGAUUUUGCAGUACAAUGUAUGAUUUUAAGAUGUCUAUUACAAUUGUAUCCCAAGACCUAACAGAACUAAGAUUUUAAGAGACUGGGUUGAAAUUAUAUACAUUCCGAAAUUUUUUUUUUCCGAUUUAAAAAUUAUUAAUUCAAAAGUAAAUUUUUGGUUGUUAGUAUUAACUUGCAUUUACAUCCUACAUCCAGCAGUGAAUGGAUCGAGCAAUACGAUUGGUUGGGGACCACCUAUAAUUACAUUUGCCUUGCAAGGGGAAUGGAGUGGUGUAGAUUUAGGGGAAGUUGGUCUAAAUAUUUAAGUCUAUAAAAUUAACACCGACACAUUUUCGUAAUGAAAGUGGUCAUAGUGUUGCUGUGUGUUUUGAAUGUGAUCUCACUAGACAAAGCAACAGUAAUAUUUGCAUUGUCGCUCAAGUGACAGUUUUAGUCAAUCCAGUGCCAUCCAUAUUGAAUGUACACACUGAGGGGGAAGGGGGGGGGGGCAUGGAUUUUUUAGAUUUUGUGAUCACAAAUAUAUGGCCGGGGUGGGGUCUUGGCAGAAAGUAUGUACGUUAUUAAAAAAUGAACUUGCUAGAUAUUGCUCAAAUAGUACUAAGCAUUAGAGAUAUUACAGUAAUAUUUUGUCCAUCAUAUAUUUGUUUUGGUGGCCACGCCGAUGCUUCUAAAAUUUUAGUUUCCUGGCGCCUAUGCUAAAUUUAGGUUUUCACCGAGGUCCCUGUGUUAAAUGUUUCUACUUUGGAUGCAAAUCAUUUACCUUGGAUGGUAAUCAUCUAACUUGGAUGGUAGUCAUCUACCUUUGAAUGAAAUAAUCUACCUUGGAUGGAAAUUUUCUGGCCCGGUGCUUUUCACUAUGUACGUUCAGCCCCUGGGUGCAGUGAUCAAGCAGUUUGACAUGCUAUAUCACAUGUUCGCGGAUGAUACCCAACUUUAGCAGUCUGUGAUCCCCUCUCAGUUCCCUCAGCUUCUUAGUAUGACACAGAAGACAGUGAAGUCAGUUAAGCACUGGAUGAACAUAAACAAGCUCAAAUUGAACGAUGAAAAGACCGAGCUGAUCCUCAUUGCUACCUCUCAAAUGCUAAAAUAUAUAAAUAACACACAAACCCUUACUCUCUCAGGUAUACAGAUUGAGUUUGCUCAAACAGUGCGAAACCUGGGUGUCUACUUGGAUAGAACACUAACUAUGGAAAAUCACAUAAACAUGCUUUGCAAGGCAAUUUUUCUAGAGCUGUGCAGAAUUAGUCAUAUCAGACCUUUCUUAAUGUUUGAUGCAACAAAUAGACUGAUGUCUGCAUUUGUGUUAUCACGCACGGACUACUGCAAUGCUCUUAUGGUGGGUCUCCCAGCUACGCUCCUGGAUAAAAUUAAAAAAGCACAGAAUAAUACGGCUCGCAUUGUUCUUUGAAAACACAAAUUCGACCAUGCUAAAACACUUCUGAGAGAUUGUACUUGCUGCCGGUCCGCGCUCGCAUAGAGUACAAAAUUGCAACUCUGUGCUACCGCUGCUUACAUGACCUGACGCCAUCUUAUCUCAAAGCACUCAUGACGCCUUAUGUACCCACUAGACAACUCCACUCAUCCGAUAGUGUCAAACUCUCGAUACCAUGUGUUCGCCUUGAGACCUACAGGGGGGACUUUUGCAUUUGCUGCCCCAACAAUGUGGGACACACUUCCUGACACUCUCAGAAACAGCCAGACACUGGAGUCUUUCAAAACCGAAUUGAAAACACAUCUAUUUUGCAAACACCUGCUGGGAUAAUGUCGUCUACCAUCUUUUCCAGCUGGCUGUUAUCUCCUAGAUGUAUAUUGGCCUGUGUUGUUUAUGUUUGUAAGAGGUGAAAGAAUUAGAAUGGGUUUGCUCGUAUUUAUUUUUUGUAAUGUUGCGUGUGGUAUAAUAGAUUUUUUUCAUUUUCUUUUAAUGUGGCUGACUUUGUACCCCGCUUCGAGCCUUUGGGGAUGAAGCAUGAUUUUCAAAUAAACUUUAUUAUCAUUAUUAUUAUUACCUUUGAUGGGAAUCUUCUACCUAGAUGGUAAUCAUCUACCUUGUAUGGUUAUCUUCUACCUUGGCUGGGAAUCAUCUCCCUUGGGUGGGAUCAUCUGCCUUGGAUGGUAAGUUUCUAUCUUGGAAUAUCUUGAUAUGAGUUAACUCUGUGCUACCGCUGCUUGCAUGACCUGACACCAUCCUAUCUCAAAGCACUCAUGAUUCCUUAUGUACCCACUAGACAACUCCGCUCAUCCGAUAGUGGCAAACUCUUGAUACCAGGUGUUCGCCUUGAGACUUAUGGAAGGCACACGUUUGCAUUUGCUGGCCCAACAAUUUGGAACACACUUCCUGUCGCUCUCAGAAACAGCCAGACACUGGAGUCUUUCAAAAUCUAUUUGAAAACAUAUCUUUUUCGCAAACACCUGUUGGGUUGAUGUUAUCUACCAUCUUUUCCAGCUAGCUAUUAUCUCCUAGAUUUAUAUUGGCCUGUGUUGUUUAUGGUUGCAAGGGAUGAAAGACUUUGAAUGGGUAUUCUCGUAUGUAGUUUUUAUAAUUUUGUACAAUAUCAGGAGUUUGAAAACACUCGAGACUGUGGUCUGUGUAACAACUAAUUGUAUUCUCCAUCUUACAUUGUUUUUAGACCCCCACAUCACAUGACCACUCACUGAAGUUAUUCAACCAAUCUUCGCACAUUUAAGUUUAGACGUUCAUGAAAAACACUCACCAAGUCUAGUCAGUCAACAUGACAGCAACACAGGACAAUCAGGUCACUAAGUUCAGUCAGUAAGCAUGAUAACAAUACUGGUCCGUCGAACAGUCACUCUUACUGUCAUAAGGCCGAGCACCUUUAGGGUGAGCGAGGAAAAGUGAUUAUAAGAAUAUACUAGCCACUGACUUUUAACUUAUGAUAUAAAUUUGUAUAAAUCAUUUAUUUUCUUUAUUGACAUUCUACUCUUGGCAAUAAGUCAUUUGUUUAUGAUAUUUUUUAUUUAUACAGUUCUCUUAGUAUUUCAAUGAACAAAGAUCACAAGUACUUUUUUUAAACUCAUUUUAAAAGGCAUUGUUACAUUUUUAGGGUUGCAAAAAUUAGUUUAAAAAUUCCCAGGGGUUCAGAUUAUAGAAAAAAAUUGUGAAACCUUAUUCCAGAGAGCUGUAAUUGGGUGCCAAGUUUAGUCUUGGGCAACACUGGUUUUUCUAGAACUUUGUUCCAACCCUGUAGUCCUACCCAAGAAAAGUGAAAUGACAGAUUAACACCGUGACAGUCAAGUCUUGGAGUCAUGUGUCAAAGUGUUGAUCCUCACAUAAAUUUGCAAGUAUUUUUAUCAUGCCUUUUUACAGAGAUGAUCUAGAAGCAGAGAAGAUGCCAUUUGAGAGCGAGCUGAAGCUGUGUAACACUCUGAUCAACUACCUCACAAGAUUCACUAGUUUGUUUGUGCAGGAACCUUCAACUGACAGCAUGUCUCCUUCAUCAAGCCUAGGUCAGUCAAAAACAACAACUUUUAAAAACAUCUAGUCAAUUUUUAUCAGCCAGGGAAAGCUAAGUCUAUCUUUUUACCCACUUUAAAAAAAACUUCUGUUUUUGAAAUUAGCUCAUAAGGAACCAGAAUUAAUAGAUCAGUUGAGCUGAGUUCAGCUUUUAGCUAACUUUUACAAAAAUUUCUACUUUAAAUGGAAUGUAAUCAAGACAUGAGAUCUUUUCUUUGUUGACUUGUGUUUCUUAACAUCUGUUGUUGCAUUUUAUCAGCUGGAAAAUCACUCUCUUACAAGCAGUGCCAACUAACUAAUACUUCAAAAUGAGAGAUAAAUUAGUUAUAAAUGAAGUAGAAUUCUACUUUUUAUUGCUCUUUCAAUUUAGAUCAAAGUCAAAUCUGUUGGGCUUUAGCUAUUGGUGAGAUCAAAGUUCAAACCUGUCUGGCUUUUUGUAAGUCAGCUGUCAUCAAACCAUUGCUUAAGAAGCCUGGUCUUGAUUAAAAUAAUUUUUAAAAACUAUAGACCUGUAUCUAAUUUAUCAACUUUAUCUAAAGUCUUUGAAAAACUAGUUCUAAAACAACUUUUUGCCUAGUUGAACAAUCACUCUCUUCUCAGUCCUAAUCAGUCGGCCUAUAGACCUUUUCAAAGCACAGAGACAGCUCUCUUGAGAGUCAGCAAUGACCUCUUGCUCGCAAUGGAGAGUGGUAAUUUCUCCAUCCUGAUCUUCUUAGAUCUCAGUGCGGCCUUUGAUACCGUUUAUCAUCAAACCCUUUUAAAAACCCUUGAAUUUCUGGUUUAAUUUUGGCUUGGUUUUGGUCCUACCUCUCCGCUAGAAUACAGGCGGUCGCUAGAAUACAGGCGGUCGCUAGAAUACAGGCGGUCGCUGUUGGUGGCUGUCUCUUUGGUAGUGCUGACUUGGUGUACGGAGUGCCUCAAGGGUCCAUCUAUUCACAAUCACAAAAUAUCCUCUACCUCAGCUCUCUCCACCUCCUUUCAAAUAGGUUGCUCUGACAUACAGUUCACAUCUUCUGCUAGCAAUCUUGGUUACAUUCUUUCUGACAACAUGUCUCUCAAUAAUUAUAUCUGUCGCUCUGCUUACACUGCUAUGCUUCAUAUUGGCUCCAUUUGCCACUACCUCAAAGUUAGCUCCAAAAAAAAAAACCUAGUCUGUGCUCUUCUUCUCUCUUGUCGUGACUAUUGCAACUCUCCUCUGUCAAGUUCACCAAAACAUUUCAUAAAAAACUGCAGAAGGUUUUAAACUCAGCCGCUUGGUUAGUUCUAAAGGCAAAAAAGCAUGAUCACAUCCCUCCACUAUUUCACUCACUUCAUUGGCUCCCUUUACAAGCAUGCAUUGAUUACAAGCUGUCUGUUCUCUGUCAAAAUUUUUUCUCUGUGUUGAACUAUAUUGUUGGGAAUGUUUGGUAGGGGGAGUUGUUGAUCGUGAGAGUGUUUUGUGAGUUGUUUUUACACAUGGAAAUAAAUACAGAAUUUACAAUGAAUUAUUCGGUCUUAGAAUUACUUAACCAAAAGAGAGACGAGAAGUAAUGAAACAGGUCUGACAUAAGGUUAGACGUAACGUAUUCGCCAUCUGAGGUAUUAGACUUAAAAAGGAAGGCCGUAACAUUUGAAGGAGUAUUAGACAAGAAAAGAAGGAUGUAACACUCUGGUUCCUGCUAUUCACCUGUUCGACAGAUUCGUUCCUCCGCAGACGCAUAUUCUUUCCCCAGACACACACUAAAACAUACAGUAAACGUUCUUUCUGCGCCCCCAAACAAUGGAAUUCUCUCCAAUUUACACAUCAGGGACUUCAUUUAGACAGGGCAGGGUGGGGCAUUUGCUCCCCACCUUCCCACCCCCCUCCCCCCACCCCCAUCCCAAAUUUGCAGGUUUUAUUUUAAUUACUAUGUACUGUCGCACUUCCAGUAGCAACCAACCUAGCAAGCCGACCAAGUUUUGGUUUCCCAAAUUUGCAGGUUUUAUUUUAAUUACUAUGUACUGUCGCACUUCCAGUAGCAACCAACCUAGCAAGCCGACCAAGUUUUGGUUCCCCCCCCCCCUUUCUGAAAUGGCGCCCCUGUUACACAUCCACAUCCUUCAAAUCUGCACUCAAGGCACAUCUCUUCAAACUCUACUAUCCCGGCUCAUUCUCAUCCCACAUCUCUUCAAACUCUACUAUCCUGGCUCAUUCUCAUCCCACAUCUCUUCAAACUCUACUAUCCCGGCUCAUUCUCAUCCCACAUCUCUUCAAACUCUACUAUCCCGGCUCAUUCUCAUCCCACAUCUCUUCAAACUCUACUAUCCCGGCUCAUUCUCAUCCCCCUCUGACCGAUAAACGAUGCUCGAUGUUGCUGGAUGCCGUCCAUGGUUAGGCAGGUAAAUAGUUCUGGGGUGGGCAAGGUCAAUUUUUUUACAAAGCUGUUUUUAAAUCAAUAAAUUUAUGUAACUGUUUUUUAAUGUCAUGUUUAUUUUUGCAAACUUUUUAUGUGAAGCACGGUGAGCCCAGCCCUAGGCUGGGGUAUAGGCUGAGCUACCACACUAUAUAAGACCACUGUAAUAAUAAUAAUAAUAGUUUUUGGUGAGAUCAAAGUCAAAUCUGUCAGGCCUUAGUUAUUUGUGAGAUCAAAGUCUAUUCUGUCAGGUCUUAGUUAUUGGUGAGAUCUAAGUCAAAUCUGGCAGGCUUUACUUAUUGGUUGACAACUAAGCAACAUGAAUUUAACAGAGUCUUAAACAAGGUCAGAGCUCAGUAGACAAUAUGGGAAUAAAAAUAAUUAUAAAAAUACAAAUAGUUUUAGGCUUUGGGCCAUGAAAUAAUCCUUAGGUGGAUGGGUUGCAUCCAAAAGGUCCUUGUUUUCUCUGUAGAAGUGAAUUUAAAUUUCAUCCUUUACAUUAUUUCACAUCUCUUUUCAUUUUAUGAUCGUGUGAAAAUUGAAGAAAAAAAAAUAUGAUGAAAGAGACCAAAAAAUGAACAAAAUUUAUGACAGAUGAACUGAACAAUAAAUUAAACAAAUUUUACGUUAUAGAUGAACCUGAACCAGCUGAGGAGAUUGAGGAUGGUCAGUUUGUCCUUCUCAAGAAAGCGGGAGACAAUGAGGGCAUGGACUAUUCCAGUUGCGGAAGAAAGAUGAGCAAAAAAAACAAAAGGCCUCGCAAACAGUCUUCGGUUAGUUUGUGGUUCAUUUUUUUUAAUACGGAAAAUUCCUUUCAGAUUUUCCUGCUGAAAUAUGAAUUUUACCCCUAAGAUAAUUUUUACAUAGACCUAUUAUUUUCUUAUUGUCAUAUUCUUGUUUUCUAAAAAGAUCUUUUAGCAUGGAAGUUGUGUAUAAAUCACUGUGUGUUAUUAAUAAAUGACCUCUAUGACAAAAGAGGACAAGUGCCUGUGAUCAAGAAAUAUAAAAACAACAGUAAGGCAACUGUCUGAUCAAGAUAUGACCCAUAUAUGGCAGUAAGACAUCUUGUGUGUCUGUGAUCAAGAUAUGACCCAUAUAUGGCAGUAAGACAUCUUGUGUGUCUGUGAUCAAGAUAUGACCCAUAUAUGGCAGUAUGACAUCUUGUGUGUCUGUGAUCAAGAAAUGACCCAUAUAUGGCAGUAAGACAUCUUGUGUGUCUGUGAUCAAGAUAUGACCCAUAUAUUGCAGUAAGACAUCUUAUGUGUCUGUGAUCAAGAUAUGACCCAUAUAUUGCAGUAAGACGUCUUGUGUGUCUGUGAUCGAGAUAUGACCCAUAUAUGGCAGUAAGACGUCUUGUGUGUCUGUGAUCAAGAUAUGACCCAUAUAUGGCAGUAUGACAUCUUGUGUGUCUGUGAUCAAGAAAUGACCCAUAUAUGGCAGUAAAACAUCUUGUGUGUCUGUGAUCAAGAAAUGACGCAUAUAUGGCAGUAAAACAUCUUGUGUGUCUGUGAUCAAGAUAUGACCCAUAUAUGGCAGUAAGACAUCUUGUGUGUCUGUGAUCGAGAUAUGACCCAUAUAUGGCAGUAAGACAUCUUGUGUGUCUGUGAUCAAGAUAUGACCCAUAUAUGGCAGUAAGACAUCUUGUGUGUCUGUGAUCAAGAUAUGACCCAUAUAUGGCAGUAAGACAUCUUGUGUGUCUGUGAUCAAGAUAUGACCCAUAUAUGGCAGUAUGACAUCUUGUGUGUCUGUGAUCAAGAAAUGACCCAUAUAUGGCAGUAAAACAUCUUGUGUGUCUGUGAUCAAGAAAUGACCCAUAUAUGGCAGUAAGACAUCUUGUGUGUCUGUGAUCAAGAUAUGACCCAUAUAUGGCAGUAAGACAUCUUGUGUGUCUGUGAUCAAGAAAUAACACUAAUAAAAACAACAGCUGUGUGUCUGUGAUCAAGAAAUAACACUAAUAAAAACUACAGUUGUGUGUCUGUGAUCAAGAAAUAACACUAAUAAAAACAACAGUUGUGUGUCUGUGACCAAGAAAUAACACUAAUAAAAACAACAAUUGUGUGUCUGUGACCAAGAAAUAACACUAAUAAUAACAACAGUUGUGUGUCUGUGAUCAAGAUAUGACCCAUAUAUGGCAGUAAGACAUCUUGUGUGUCUGUGUUCAAGAUAUGACCCAUAUAUCGCAGUAAGACAUUUUGUGUGUCUGUGAUCAAGAUAUGACCCAUAUAUGGCAGUAAAACAUCUUGUGUGUCUGUGAUCAAGAAAUAACACUAAUAAAAACAGCAGUUGUGUGUGUUUUAUAAUAAAAAUUCCCCCCAACCCCUUUUUUUCCUUCUCCAUAGAUUAAAAAAAUUACCCACACCCCUCAAGUGAUCGAACAGUUCAUGGAGUUGGAUAUGAAUGCUCCGUCCAACUUGUCAGAUGUGACCGAAGUCAUGGAGAAAUUAAAGCAGAAGAGGGUCAGUGUUUUAAAAUAUAAUUCCACAGUCAAACAAAAAGAAAUGCCUUGAAGUCUCACUUGUUAGACAUAUUCGUUGGGUUAUUUGUUGUAUUCCUGGGGUUAUUUGUUGUAUUCCUGGGGUUAUUUCUUGUAUUCCUGGGGUUAUUUCUUGAAUUCCUGGGGUUAUUUGUUGUAUUCCUGGGGUUAUUUGUUGUAUUCCUCGGGUUAUUUCUUGUAUUCCUGGAGUUAUUUCUUGUAUUCCUGGAGUUAUUUCUUGUAUUCCUGGAGUUAUUUGUUGUAUUCCUGUGGUUAUUUGUUGUAUUCCUGUGGUUAUUUGUUCUAUUCCUGGGGUUAUUUGUUGCAGUGAUUCCAAAAGUUGCAUCACAUUUAGCAUCUUACUAUAGUUGAUUUAUAAAAUGUAUUUCCGCUCUAUAAGUUUUUCUCUUUUGCGGAAUUGGGUUGUCAUGAGAUGCACAUUUUUAAAUGGGAAAUUUAGGGACUGGUAUUUAAAUUAUACCAUUUUUGUGUAAUUAAUAUUUGUGUCACAACUUUUCUUCUUUAUCUUUAAUUCUCUCUGACAUAAAGUGCAAUACUCUUUGGGUCGAGAUUCAAUCUCUUAGGACCCUGGCCAUGAAACAUGGCCUAGUAGUCCCUAAGGUCUCUUGCCAUGGAACACGGUCACGAGUAACGGGUUUGGGCAGAUAGCUUCCACUCAUUGAGGAGGAGACUUUGCGUUGCCUCCCCCCUUGCCCAUUGAGUCAUUCGGACGGGACGUUGGGUUGGUCGGCUUUGCUUCCUCUCCGCAGAUGGUGUUGCGUUACCUCUCCCCACCAACCAGGGAGUUGAACAGUCUGAGGUGCGGAUCGGUUUUUCUUCCUCUCCAGGGGAGGUCCUGAGCAUAACUCUUCCCACCGUCCAGGGAGUUGUACGGUCUAUGGUUCGGAACAGCUUUGCGUCCUCUCCGGGGGAAAGGUGUUGCGUUACCUCCGCCCCACCGUCCAGGGAGCAGUUCGGGCAGGACUAAUUCAGGACGAAACGGUCACCUAGGAGCGGCUUUCUCAAGGUCGCAUGUUUUUAAUCCUCGGCAAGGGUUUGCUUCUACCCAGGCCUCAUAUCCAUUAUCAGUGACACGUAAUCAUGUUAGCGCGCAACUUCCGUUGCGUUGGAAAUCAUGCGUUUGGUCGGGAUCUUUUAGCUUCAGGGGGAAACCUCCCUACUGGUCCAUCACGCCGUGAAGAGGCAAGAUCCCAUGUAAAACCACCGAGAGCCUAGUGUUGCUGAGCUUCAACCUCACAGUGCUCGGUCUCCACCUGAGGGCUACCUGACUUAAAAAUGCAUGGUUAUUAUGUGCAAAAACAAUGCAGAUAGUAGGUCAGUCAUGAUUUUCAUAGAAAUUUUUUUUUUUUAAUUUAAAGUUUUCUCAACGUCAUCUGUUUAGCAAAAAAGUUGCUCAUAAGUUUAAAUUCUUACAAGUUGCAAGAGGUGAGAUCAAGAUAAGCCAUAUGACCCUCUUAUAAUGCGCAAAAUGUGGCCUAGUGAAGAGAUUGAAAGAGACCCUGUUUGAAAUUUGGAAUACAAAUUGUUUUGGAGGGUUGGAGAUCAAAAUCCGCUUUUAAUGACUGUUAUUUUGUAUUGUUAAUAUAAGCCCAAAAAUGCCUUCAUCUUGCCCAGAUUGUAGUUGCCAAAAUUUUAAUACUUGUUGCUACUUAUUUCAUGAAUUCAUAUUAUUUUUUGUUUUACAUCUCAGAUAUUUUAUGAAAAGGAGCAACAGCCAAAUGAAGUUGCCAGCGAUGCAGGCAUUUCAGCAACAGAGAGCAGCCUGUGUGAAAUGUCUCGUCAGGCCAGUAGAACAGAGAGUUGUGAAGGUGGUGUGGAAACCAGUCCUGGGGAUCAGGUCUAUGCCGACAUCAUGAAGGCAGGCACCAGAGACAACCCGGAAAUUCUUGGGGCACAUGGUGGAUGUGAGGCAGAGUCAGAGAGUUCAGAUAUGAUGAGCCCAAACAGUGACUCGACGGUGGAAGGGGACUCUGGGUCCUGUGAGAGUCAUUCAUCAUUGUUUGAGAACCCUGAUAUGGUUAAUCAUGACAGCAAGGAUUUGGCUAAUCCAAAUCUCAUGACCUUAGAUGCAGAUAGAACAAACAACAACCACAAUAAAGUCUCUGGCAGCUCAGCAAAUCAGAAAUCACAAGGGUUCACAUCACAGGGUGAUAGGUUGGACAAUAAAAAACAGCAUCAAAGACAUAGUCCUCCAAAAACUUUAAGCUAUGCCCCAAUGACAAACACUUUAGAAAAUAAAUUGAAACCCAGCAGCUUAGACUGCAGGCCAAAGAGAGGCAAUCAUAUACCGCAGCCCUGGGGGCAUUCCUCCGAGUUUGCAUCCCUCCUCAUCUCCCCAUCAUGUUUGCCUUCUCACUCUGUAUCUUUAGCUUCACCCUUAGAUGCCCCCAUUGUCAGAACUUUUAAACCCAAAAAACCCCUGGAGCGGUUAUCAUCCAGCCCAGCAGCUGCAAAUGAAGUCAUCCUGCCAAGUGAUAACAGGGACCAGCAGGGCUCCUCAACCAAGAAACACCUAAAAUCUCCAAAUGUCAGCCCGUCUUCUUCCUUGAAGUUGAGGUCUCAUCAAACAUUAGGUGCCAGGUUAUCAUGCCCAUCCCCGGUGUCCUCUGCACAGUGGCCGACUCGGCAUUUGUUGAAAUCGCCAACAGCCGACCAGAAGUCGCCUUUCUUGGACAAUGAGGACUUCCCUCCCCUGUCUCAAACCACUCUGCAUAAAAGCAGAGGCUCAAACUGGUCCCUUAAAUCAUCCAAUGGUAGCUCAACAAGUCAGUUCCACACAUGUUCACACAGCCCCUGUGAUCAGCCCGCCAUUUCCAACCUGGAAAAUCAAACGUCAGUCCUAGAUAUCAGCAACCAAUUGAAUCCUCUUCAUGUGUCAAGUCAGCAGCUGGUAUUGUUAUCCAGCCCAGAAUCCAC